AUGGACACCGUCAAGCACGCCGCCAGCGCCGCUGCCAAUGCCGUCACCCCCGGCAACAACCAGACGAUCCUCGUAACGGGUGGAUCGGGCUUCGUGGCUGCCCACGUGCUGAACUCGUUCCUUGAGAAGGGAUACAAGGUCCGCACUACCGUCCGCUCGGAGGCUACCGCGGACAAGGUCCGCAAGACGCACACCAAGUACACCGAGUCGGGCCAGUUGACCUUUGCCAUCGUCAAGGAUGUGGCAGAGGCGGGCGCUUUCGACGAGGCCGUCAAGGGCGUGGACGGAGUGGUGCACACCGCAUCCCCCUUCCAGUUGAGUGUGGAGGACAAUGUCAAGGAUCUGCUUGAUCCCGCCGUUAAGGGCACCACUGAGAUUCUCGACGCGAUCCACAAAUACAACCCCGGUGUGAAGCGCGUCGUCGUCACUGCCUCGUUCGCGUCCAUUGUCGACCUCUCCAAGGGCCUGCGCCCCGGCCACGUGUACACCGAAGCCGACUGGAACCCCGUCAGCUGGGAGGAUGCGGCCAACACUCCCAUUGGCGCCAUUGCGUACUGCGCGUCCAAGGUCUUUGCCGAGAAGGCUGCGUUCAAGUUCGUCGAGGAGAAGAAGCCCAACUUCACCGUGGCGACCGUCUGCCCGCCCAUGAUCUACGGCCCUAACGCGCACUACGUCGAUGACUUCGGCAAGCUCAACACGUCUUCGGCGGAGAUCUACACCUUCAUCAAGGGUGACAAGAACGAGCCCGGCGAUGCUGCCUUCCCUGCUUUCGCUGACGUGCGCGACGUCGCGGAGGCCCAUCUGCAGGCGUAUCAGAAGGAGGAGGCUGCUGGUCAGCGCUACUUCAUUACGUCGGGCAACUACAGCAACCAGCAGGUCUGCGACGUCAUCCGCAAGCACUUCCCCGAACUGAGGGACCGUGUGCCAGAGGGCACCCCCGGCGCGCCUCUGGCCGACAUGUACGGCGUUGAUAACAGCAAGGCGGCUCGCGAGCUUGGCAUCAAGUUUCACACCCUGGAAGAGACGAUCGUUGACAACGUCAAGAACCUGCUGGAGCUCGAGAAGUCUCUUGCCAAGACGGCCUAA